UUUUCCGGUGUGCUUACUCUCUGUCUCGUGGAUACAGAAAUUGAACGGCCCACAGACACAGCCCAAAUGGAGAUCGAAGAGCCCAUACCGAUGAUCCACCGCCUCGAGCAGGCUGUGGUAAACAGAAUCGCCGCCGGUGAGGUCGUUUAACGGCCAGUAUCGCCGUCAAAGAGCUGGUCGAGAGCAGCCUCGAUGCUGACUCCACCUCCAUCUCCGUCAUCGUUAAGGACGGUGGCGUCAAGCUCAUCCAAGUCUCCGAUGACGGCCACUGCAUCCCCCAAAGAGCUUAUGUACCAGCAAGUUUUGCGGUGCUUUGUGCAUUUUAAUGCAAUCCAAAUGAGUGACCCUGCUCCAUUGCGAGAAUUAAUAAUGCUGGCACUGAAAGAGGAAGAUUUGGAUCUAGAAACCAAUGAAAAUGAGGGCCUAAAGGAAAGGAUUGCCGAAAUGAAUAAAGAACUUCUCAAGCAGAAGACUGAGAUGCUGGAGGAGUAUUUUGGCAUUUGUAUUGAACCCAGUGGUAAUUUGUCGAAGAUUCCUGUAAUACUUGAUCAGUACAUGCCAAACAUGGACCAUUUUCCAGAGUUUGUUCUUUGUUUGGGUGAUGAUGUUAGUGUCAUGCCGUUCAUUUCCUUUGCACUCUUUUAUUUACAUAACAAUUUAUCUACAUCCUGAUGUUUAAGGCACAUGAAUCAGUUUUGGAUACCUUAACAGGAUAUGGACGUACUGAAGUUAAUUACUACAGGCCAAAUUUUUUUAGUUACCACAUAAGAAUAAUUUAUCCAUUGAUUAGGUUUCUGUGUUACCAUUAUGAUUAUACGAUGGAUACCAUUCUAAAGUGGUGUACCACUUCGGUGCUUCUCUUUCUUGCUCUCGGUCUAUUAUGCAGUGUUAUGAGGUCUAGAAUGAAUUACUAGUUUGAUGUUAAAAAUGUUUUAUCCUCCAGAACAAAUAUACCUUAGUAAACUUGGGGCAUUUGCCUCCUCUCCCUGAGUUUCUUAAUGCCAUUAGAGUAAUUCAAAGGAAGUUCGGUUUUCUUAAUUCUUCCAUUCUUACAUUUACUGACCUCAAAGAAAUAAACAACGUCGACAUAAUUGCACACAGCAUACGAUUCCCCUCUUACUUAAAAUCCUUGAUCCGCCCUUACUGACAACAAUCUGGUUGUGCCUUCACCGCAAUCAGGAAGCUUCCUGAUCCAUCAUCCCAUUUGUGAUUAUUCUUAUGACUUUUGCCUGAUUAAAUUCUUAAGUGGUGGAAUAUUUGAUUAUGAGGCCCAGAAAUAUGAACUGUGUAUUUUCUUUUUCAACCUUUAUUCUAAAACAGAAACAAAUGUCAAUUUCGUUUGGUUAUGUUUUAUUUUGUCUUAUUGAAUUUGUCGGGGGAAUCUUUUAGAAUGGAGUUAUAUUAACACGAUGCUUUCUGCCAAUAGUUUGUGUUGCUUCAGCUGUCUUUUAGUAUUGAGAACUACUUUGUUAUUAUGAUCUAAAGAAAUUCUCUGCUCAAUAGUUUUGAGAACUGUUUUACGCAACUUCUAUACAUGUUUGAAGAGUAUUCACUGAUGGAAUAACUUGUCCAAAUCGGCGUGCUUAAUAACAAUUCUAGCUGCAUAAUGAGAUAAAGAUGCAUGAUAGUCCUGUGGUUUUUGGAAUUUGCUGACUAUCCCUCCGCACUCUGCAGUAGUAAAAUACAUCUUGCUUUAGAGUUCAUAAUUUUGAUUGAUCGCAUGCCACUGCAUGGUGCUUAAUUCAUGUUGAAGUUUUGAAUAUUAGCACGAGCCAAACCAUAUUGUUGAUAGUUACAUAUACUCCUAUAAUUCAUCACAAGCUAAAUUUUACCUAUUUUUCUAUGUUGAUUGGGAGGAUGAGAAGAAUUGUUUUCAAACAAUUGCUGCUGCCAUUGGGAACUUCUAUGCCAUGAAUCCUCCUUCGUUGCCUAAUCCAUCAAGUAAUGGCUUGCAGUGUUAAAAGAGGAUGGUGCUUUCUCGCAGUCCUGGAGGAGGAAAUUUCAGAAACUGCUGUUCUUUUCAUGCUCACUCCGGAAGCGGAACUUCAAGCGAACAAGGAUUGCCACUUAAUAGAGUUUUCCCAGUCCACCAACUUUCCAUUCCUUGGAAGCUUCUGAACUGUUGAUGGCAUGCUUGGGAUCAUCAAUUUGAUCUCUAUGCUUCCUGUAUAGCAAACUUUGUAGCUCCUUAUGUGAGAAAGUUGUUUAUGUAAGAAUACAUUUUGUACCUGUAAUGGGCUUAAAAAAGAAAUGGAAAGGAGUUGAAAUUUAUAACAUCGUCCCCUCUAUUUGCUUCAAGAAGAACUGUUAGUUUCUUACAGGAUGAAAAUGUUGAGGUUGAGAUCUGUAUCAGGCAAUCUAUGACCAACAAGACCGAUGUAAAUUAGUUUCUUACCUAAUUAUUUGGCAACUUUGACUUUCUA